AUGUCCACUGCUUACAGGAAAACCAUUUAUGUCGUCUCCCUACCAAACACGUUGCCCGAGUCGCCCCAGUCAGGCCCACGGAAAACAGUCAUCUUCGAUGCGGAAAGUCUGCUGAAGACCGAACUCGAGGACUCUCAAGAUGUCACACUUCUCAGGGACUUGCUCUCGAGCCCAAUCGUCCCUUUUGUCGCUCACUACGAUGCAGUCACGCAUGGCGCGCAGCUCAAGUCCGUGACAUCUCUUGUCCGGGAGCGACUCCUUCCUGGGCGUACUUUCGAGGUCUACUCAUUCGCCGACCCCGCCAAAGGCAACCUGGGCGGCAGCCUGUUGUUGGAUGCAAUUGAAAAGCGCGCGAAGUCGGACCCGGGCAGUCGCUUGUAUGACGAAGCCAUUGUCUCGUCAGAGGCUGAAGCCGAAGAGGCCUUCAGGGCGGCAGUCGACCAAGCCAUGACCGAUGCCAUCUACAAGAAGGGCGCUUACGCAACAGAGACAGCCCCAACCCAGACGGCCUCGGAGCAGCAGGCAGACUCCGAGAAGUUUAUGCGUGCACUCGGCAAGGCGAUGGAUGGGCUUCCCAGCACUGGAAGCAAAGAGUCGACCGACGGGAACUGA